AUAAAACAGGUUGUCACCGUCUGGUUUGUAUUAUUUACGUGUUGAAGUCCAUUGCAAACGUGUCUCGUUUUAUUCGUCUGCUGUUUGUGUACAAACAAACAUUGUGUUGUGAUAAUCUAAUCAUGAUUUUUCUAAUAUGGACGGGUGUAAUUUUGGCCAUAGUUUACAUAUAUCUUCGGCAAAUUUAUUCAAGAUUCACGGCAAAUGGAGUUAAACAAAUUGACCCCGUGCCUUUUCUUGGGAACAUGUGGCCAGUUAUAACAAGAAAAUGCCAUGUCGUUUAUGAUUUAGAGAAAUAUUACAAUCAAUUUCCUAAUGAAAGGUUCGUUGGUAAAUUUGAAUUUAUGAACGCAGUCGUAGUGGUGAGAGACCUGGACUUGAUAAAGAAAAUAACUAUAAAGGACUUCGAACAUUUCCUCGACCAUCGCGGGUUUACGGACGAGGAGGUAGAACCAAUAUUCGCGAGGAACCUUUUCUCUUUGAGAGGCGAAGAAUGGAAGGACAUGCGGUCUACCAUGAGUCCAGCGUUUACCAGCUCCAAAAUUCGAGUGAUGGUCCCUUUCAUGGAGGAAGUUGGGAACCAGAUGAUACAGGCUUUGAAGAAGAGGAUUGAUGAUUCUGGAAGCGGCACAAUUGAAGUGGACUGCAAGGAUCUUACGACGCGUUUCACCAAUGACGUGAUCGCGACGUGUGCUUUCGGCCUAAAAGUGAAUUCCCAUGAAGCCAACAACGAGUUUUACGAGAUGGGGAAGGAAGCUGCCCAAUUCAAAAUACGGCAGAUGCUUAUGUUUUUUGCGUAUACCGCUUUCCCCGGCCUUGUUAAGAGACUGAAAUUGACGCUGUUUUCGAAGUCAACAACACGUUUCUUCACUCGACUGGUUUUGGACACAAUGAGCAACAGAGAGGCUAAUAAAAUAAUUCGACCUGACAUGAUACAUCUCCUAAUGGAAGCUAAAAAAGGUCGACUGAAUCAUGAGGAAAAACCUAAAGAUGCUGUCAACGACGCAGGUUUUGCUACGGUUGAGGAGUCCUCUGUUGGAAAGAGAAAAAUACAAAGAGAAUGGACCGACAACGACCUGAUUGCCCAAGCUGUCCUCUUCUUUAUCGCUGGUUUUGAAACAAUUGCUACAGCUAUGUCUUUCGCCCUUCACGAACUCGCGUUGCACCCAGAGAUUCAAGAGAGGCUAGCAACAGAGAUAAAAGAAGAUGCGGUGAAAAACAACGGCAAGAUAGAAUACAAUUCGAUUCAAUCUUUGCCGUACUUGGAUAUGGUGGUUUCAGAGGUGCUUAGACUCUGGCCCCCUGGUUUCCAGCUGGACAGAGUUUGCACAAAAGAUUACAACAUGGGAAAGCCUAAUAGCGAAUCGUCCAAAGAUUUUAUUCUCCGGAAAGGGGAAUUUGUCUUAUUGCCAAUGUGGUGCAUCCAUCGAGAUCCCGAAUUCUUCCCUAACCCUGAGAAGUUCGAUCCGGAGCGCUUCUCAGAGGAGAAUAAGGAUAAAAUCAAUCCAAUGACAUAUAUGCCAUUCGGUGAUGGACCCAGGAAUUGUAUAGGUUCAAGAUUUGCACUGCUGGAACUGAAAAUGAUACUUUAUCAAAUUAUUCUCCACGUCAAUGUUUCCCCUUGCAGUAAGACGUGUAUCCCAACCAAACUGUCAAUGGAAAACUUUAACAUUGCUAUUGCUGGUGGACAUUGGCUAAAUUUCACACUACGGCAGUGA